AUGGGCCUUUGGACGGACGAUGCCUCGGCUUUUCAAGGCGGCUCUUGUGAAUACGCCAGCGCAUCGCAAGGGGGUCUCCAGUCACCUUCGGCCACCAGCAAAUACCUGGAAUCUCGGGCUGUUUGCCUGGCCAACCCAGCGAUCUAUGGCAACGGAGUCGCCUGUGGCUCCUGCUGGAAGGCCCAGCGCGAGGGUCAGGGAAGCAUGGUCGUGCAGAUCAUCGGGUCUCAUGGAGGCUCCAACAACUUGGACUGCUUCUUCGACGCCUUCAACACCAUCGCCGGUGCGGAUGCUGGCACUUUCGAGGUAAGCCUUGAGCCCGUCGAGUGCGAGGUGACUGGCGCAGGGCCAGUGGCGACCGUUGUGGAUGGCGACAACGCCUGGUACACGAGAGCCAUCUUCUCCAACUUGCCUCACGCCGUCUUGGCUGCCUCGAUUUCCGUGGACGGGAAAGCGACAGAGAUGCGUCGCACAUCGGGAGCGACCUGGGAGGCCAACCUCGGAGGUGGUGGCUCUGUCGUUGGUUUCAAGGUGAGCCUGGAGGGCGGAAAGGAAAUGGCCUUCCGCGACUGCUUCAGCUCAUGGCCUGUGGCGAGAGGUAGUUCCUGCAGCACUUCCGGGACCUCUCCGGCCCCUUCACCGACUACCACGCCGACAACCCCUUCGACUACGCCAAAGUUGACCACGACGACCACGACGAUGGAAACCACGACUCCAGCUCCAACUCCGUCGCCGACGGAAUGUGCUGCUCCCGAAGACGACUGCCGCGAUGCCGGCUGCUGUCAGCAAGCCGGGCAGACCUGCUAUGAGAAGGAUGACUUCUUUGCAGGGUGCCGCAGCAGUUGCGAGCCCGGCAAAGUGAACCCCGCAGACCCGGAGGAGUAUCGAACUCCUUGGUCAUGCGACAUCGUCGGCAGCAGCCCGGCUCCAGCACCAAUUCCGUCGCCAUCCCCCGUGCGGCCCGUGCCGUCUCCGGGCCCAGGACCCUCGGGUGCCUUCCGCACGUCAGAAGUCGGCUCCAGCAAGGACCGUUUGUUCGAGUUUGUCGAGGUGCUGACCAACCAGCCCGUUUCAGGCUCCAAGGCUCGUGCAGUGCAAUCUUCUGGCGGAGCAGCUGGGGGCAUCGUUUCCGAGAGCCAGGGCUAUGGCCUCCUCCUUGCAGGGACGCUGCUGGCGGCCAUGGGUUCUGAUUCGGACUUUGGCCGCGUCUCGGAGCUUACCUACGAGCUUUUCCUCGGAUGGCGCCGCAUGUGCGAGCUGAGCGCAGCAGGCGGCAGCUGUCAGGACGAUGAGGGUUUCCAGUGCGGCGGUGGCCAAUACCCGUGCCUGCCGCAUUGGAAGUUCGGCGAGGAUUUGACCCAGGUGGUUGGCAAGGGCGCUGCGCCAGAUGGGGAUGUCGACGCCUUGAUGGGCAUGUUGUUGGCUGUGUUGGCUUUGGAAGGCACAAGCCGCGAGCCG